CCCCCCCCCCCCCCCUCUUUCUCUCUCUCUCUCUCAACAUAUAUACCUGCAUCCACCACGGAUUAAUAUGUUUCACUUCAAUGGAUAUAUAACGCCAUUCUCAUCAUCGAUCUCUCACUUCCGAUACUAAGUAACACUGCUCCUCAUCAAUAUCCGUUCAUUGCUUUAUGAAUCUCCACCCUGCAAUACUUGCUUCCUCAUCAUGGAUGAUAAUCCAAGCGAAUUCAGUACCAGUUCCACUAAAUUCCUUCCCCAAGGAACUAACUUUUUCUGGAAAACACUUUCCCAUCUCUCCUCAAACCCCCUCUUCUCCAUUCUAGUCACUGUAUACGCUCUGGUUUUCCUCUACUUCCCUGGCCAUCUCCUCAGAGUUGUUUUCUCUCCGGUGCUCAUCUCAACUGGAACUCUACUGCUGACCCUUCUCAGGUUAGGAGCAAACCAAACGGCGGAAAAUGAAUCGAUGAUCAAUUCUGCCGAACCAGAACCAACACCAUCUGAUCAUCUCGAUUCCGCGGAUGAUCAAGAUUGCAAAUGGGUGUCUUCGAAGACCAAUGUGGAGUCCAGAAGCGAUAUGGGUUUCUGCUUGGAGUUGGAUCUGGACCCGGAACCGGGCCCGUUUUACGCCGAGAGCUCCUUCGUCGAGUGGAACGUAGGAGCGCCAUUGGAGGUCAUCUACGAGUUAGAGUACGAGGGUGAAGAAGAGGAGCAAAACGACGACGUUCCAGCAGGGAACCAAGAUACCCGUCCGUCCUCCAUGGAGAGAUACCCGUCGCUGUCGCUGUACUACCCGGAAACUGACUCGGACACCUCCUCUGACGGCGGGUUCCCUGACGCCGGCGGCUGGAACACGCUGGAGGGCAUCUGCAUCAGAUGGGACGAAGAGGAUAGGGAAGGGUUGAUAGAGAUUACGCUCGACGGGAAGAGAAGGAGCGAACAGUUUCACUUCGAAGAAGAGAACCUCAUUGAGAUUGACAUAUCUCCGGCGAGAAUUCGCGAGUUCGCCGGUGAGAAGGUGAAUUUUCCGGCCACGCUUGGGUUGAUUUAACCGUGAUGAGUGAAAGAUAAGAUAGGGAAUUAAUGCAUUUGGACGCGUAAAAAAACAAAAAAAGAUUUUGGACUUUUGUUUGUGUAAUCCGUGUUUUGGGUCGUGGGUUUGGGUUUGAUAGAUGGAUAGAUAGAUAGAUUAUAGAUAGAUGGCCCUCCUAUUACCUCAAUGUGCAUGUAUACUCCUUAAAAGUCGCUAAAUCCCAAUAUUUGAAUGACUAUUAUACCCUUGCUUUUAUAUCAAAUAAUUAAA